UCACAUUGCCAGAGGUUUCUGUCACUUUUAGUUAUUCAUUCACCGACAUCAUGAUCGGAAGAGCUGUUUUUCUGGGACUCCUGCUCAUCUGUGUGGCUGCAGAAGCCACGGAGAACUCUGGACUCCUGAGAAAGCCCUCCUGCCCUGAUGUGGAGGAGAUAAUGGCGUGCCCUCUGAACCUCGCCCCUGUGUGUGGCAGCGAUGGAAACACCUAUGCCAACGAGUGUACCCUGUGUGUGGAGAGACAAACAACCAAGAUGGACAUUUUGAUUGCCAAAGAGGAGAGCUGCUGAGCUGCACAGAGGAUGAAGUCACCGCUAAGGAUCAGGAUCUGAUUCUGACCCGAUCCGAUCUGAUUCCGAUCUGACUCAUCAUGGAUCGGUAGAAUGACAUGUCCUGAAUGUUUGUGUCAUCGCAAUGAGUAAUAAACGCCUAUCAGCACUAAAAAAAA